AUGGCUAUUUGUGAGAGUGGUCCGAUGAUGUUAAAUGAUGUAAAUUGUGAAGGAGAAUACAAGGAUUUUAAUUUCAUUUCCGAAUUGCUUACUGAAUCUAUCAAACAAGUUGGUUAUCAAAAUGUAGUGCAAGUGGUUACCGAUAAUGCUCCCGUUUGUGCAAAAGUUGGUGCUCUAAUAGCAAGUAAGUAUCAUACAAUCUUUUGGACUCCAUGUGUUGUUCAUACUUUGAAUCUUGCUCUCAAGAAUAUUUGCACCCCUUCUCAUGCUGCGAACAAUGUGGAUGUGUAUGCUGAAUGUUCUUGGAUACAACCGGUGGUGGAGGAUGUUAUGUUUAUUAAGAACUUUAUUAUGAAUCAUGGAAUGAGAUUGGUUAUGUUUAAUGAUCAUUGUAAUUUGAAGUUGCUUUCGGUUGCUCCCACAAGGUUUGCAUCUGCGCCUAUUUAUGAGAUGAUAAGGAAGGCGGACACGGAUAAGCAUUGUCUUCAUUUGGUUUAUGAAUGGUGGGAUAAUAUGAUGGAGCAAGUGAAGAAGGCUAUUUAUAGGAAAGAAAUGAAGCAAUUUAAUGAAGAAUCUCCAUUUUGGGAUGUGGUGCAUAAAAUUUUAUUGUCUCAGUGGAGCAAAGCCACUACACCUCUCCAUUGUUUGGCACAUUCUUUGAAUCCCAAAUACUAUAGUCCGGAAUGGCUUGAUGAAGGUUUUCAUCGUGUUGCUCCUCACAAGGGCUUGGAUGUUACAAGGGAAAGGAAGAAUUGUUUUUUUCGAUACUUUUCCAAUGAGGAUGAUAGAAGAAAGGUCAACAUAGAGUAUGCUCAUUUUUCUAUGUGUAUGCAAGAGUUUGGAGGUGGAGAUGUGAUUAAGGAUAGAAGUAUUUUAGAACCACUAACAUGGUGGGUGGUUCAUGGAUCUUCGGCCCCAACUCUCCAAGCCAUUGCCUUUAAGCUUCUAGGUCAACCUUCUUCUUCUUCUUCUUCUUGCGAAAGGAAUUGGAGUACUUACAAUUUCAUUCACUCUCUCCCAAGGAACAAGUUAGCACCACAAAAAGCGGAAGAUUUAGUAUAUGUGCACACCAAUCUUCGCCUCUUAGCUAGGCAAUCCUCAUUUUACAACAAAGGUGCAACUCAUAUGUGGGAUAUUGGAGGUGAUGCUUUUGAUUCAUUGGAGGACACUAAUAUUGGAAUAUUUGAGGUUGCUGAGCUUUCACUUGAUGAACCCGAAUUAGAGGCGGUUUUGUUUGAUGACGGUGAUGAUGAUGAGUUUGAAGAGGAAUUAAAUGCAGAAGAUGAUGUUGUUUCUUGA